GCAUUAUCUUAGGAUACUUAUUGGAUCAGUAAAAGCGGCAUUGUGGAUCUGACCUGAGUGAUUGGAAACUGACAAGAGUUUAAAAGGAAUAAUCAGCUUUUAUCAUUCCAUCAAGAUCAUACUGGAUUUGUCUUAGAGCCUGCACCAUCACAUUUUUAUUAUGAAAAGAACAUUGUAUCAGAAGAAUGGACAUUAGAAUGUGUUUGCAAAGUUUCCACAAACAUUAUUGAAUUUGAAGAUACCUGAAUGGGAGAACAGUUAUCACAUACUUCAGGUUUGAAGUAAUUCAUUUGCUUGAUGGAACUUGUUUCUAGCACUUUUAGCAAUGGAGAAUGCAUCCGUGAGAUAGCUGCUUCAUUAUUCACUAAAGAAAAACUUUUAAAAAGGAACAGAGAACCAAUAAAUAUUUCCAUUAAAUACAUUAUUUUAUUAGAGACGAUAUGCCAGUGGAAGUUAUAAAGACCCCAGAAGGAUUCAUGGCCUGUGAAGAUAAGCUGGGUAUGGAGGCCAUUCCAGGCACUGUCCACCUGGAGAAGGAUAGUCAGAACCUCGUGGGCAUCAGUAUCGGUGGAGGGGCGCCACUCUGCCCCUGUUUGUACAUCGUACAGGUGUUUGACAACACCCCUGCUGCUAAAAGCAAACUCCUCAACGCUGGAGACGAGAUAGUAGGGGUCAAUAAGAAGUCUGUGAAGGGAAGAACUAAAGUGGAAGUGGCUCGGAUGAUCCAAGCUCUCAAGGGAGAGGUGAUAAUCAGCUAUAACAGCCUCAAAGCAGACACCAAGGAAGGGAAAGGAAUGGAUAUUGCUCUCAAGAAAGCCAAACAUCGGAUGGUGGAGAACAUGAGUUCUUCAACUGCUGAUGCCCUCGGUCUCAGUAGAGCUAUUCUCUGUAAUGAUGUUUUGAUUAAGCGACUAGAUGAGCUGAAUAAGACAUCCCGUCUGUAUAAAGGACUGAUGGACCACACCAAGAAACUGCUCAAGAUCUUCUAUGAAAUGUCCAGCACACACAGAGCAUUUGGUGAUAUCUUUUGCCUGAUCGGCACAAGGGAGAUUCAGCCGAAAGCUAGCGAGGCCUUCACAAAGUUUGGAGACGCUCAUCGAAACAUGGAGAAGUUUGGCAUCAGGUUGCUGAGAACGGUCAAACCUAUGCUAUCAGAUCUUGGGACAUUCCUCACGAAAGCCAUUCCAGACACCAAACUCACCAUCAAGAAGUAUGCCGAUGCUAAAUUUGAAUACCUGUCAUACUGUUUGAAAGUAAAGGAGAUGGAUGAUGAAGAGUAUGCAUAUGCUACACUUGGAGAACCUCUUUACAGAGUGGAGACAGGAAACUAUGAGUACAGAUUGAUAUUGCGAUGCCGGCAAGAAGCAAGGGCAAGGUUCGCUAAGUUAAGAUCAGAUGUGAUGGUUAAAAUGGAGUUAUUGGACCAGAAACAUGUUCAAGAUAUAGUUUUCCAGCUCCACCGCCUGGUGUCUGCCAUGACCCAGUACCUCCAGGAUUGUCACCAGCAGAUGAAGAACACCGACCUCUUCCCUAUCGAGGUCGAUCUCCUCAGGACGACCAUCAAUUACGACAGGUCUGAUCAGUUCAACGAUGGCUUCGAUGAUGAAGAGGAUGAGGAGGAGGAAGAGGAGGAGCAUGAGAAUAACAGAAGCGGUGGUGGAGGUAGUCUGAUGGAGGGAAACCUCAUUGAUACAUCGUAGGAUGGGUUGGUAGCAAUGGUGGUUGCUACCAGUUGAUCUACAAACCAGUAGCUCUACAUCUAAGAUAGUCUAAUACUACAUGGGCUGAACCCCAUUGGCCCGUAUUCUUAACUCCGGUUCAAACUUGUGGUGUAACUAUGGAUAGCCAGUUGUGACAACAACAAAAACGGUGGAGGUCCGAUAUAUCAGCUCAUUUGACUCUCAGAUCAUUGUUAACUGUCUGGGAAGGCUAAAUAAGAUAAUUGUCUUCACCAUGAGAAGCGUCCAAUGUAAACAAAAUUUUGAUGUGUUUGGCUUCCCAUAAAUUUAGCAGAGAGUCUAAGGCCGUAUUCUGAAGUCAGGUUUAUCGUAGACCACGGUCUAAUUCUGUGCUACAAUUAUGGGGAUCCAAAAAUUCUGUUUAUGUUGUAUAUUUUUUGUUGCUUACUAUAUUGUUUCCUUUUGCUUUCAUAAUGAGGAAAAAUGCUUCAGUUAUCAUUCCAAGACAAUUAUGAACAGUUUGGAUGUCACAUGAGUUAAUAAAUUGGAUGUGUAGUGUUAUGGGUUUGUGUCCCAAUGGGCUCUUCUUAGUUAACCACAUCUUUAAACCAAGGUUUACUUUAAACCUGAGUUCAGAAUACGGGCCUAAUGGUCUAAUUUAAACCGGACUCUAGAAUGAGGGCCAUUUGACCUAAGCUGUUUGGUCUUCUCUAUAUUUGGUCUAAUUCCCACUUAUGCCCAGAUGUCCAGUUCCCACUUCAUCUACUAAUAUAAAUUUCAUUCAAUAAUAUUUCAUGUUAUUUAUGUAGAAUUGUUGAUGCUGGACCAAACAGAUUUUCGAAAAAAUGGCUAUAGCCUGACUGGAAAUUAGACAAGAUAUAGAAUGGGCUAAUUGACAAUUAGACCAAAUGGUAAGUGGAUGAACUAGGACUAGACCAUGUUCAGAUGAUACCAAACUGCAAUUAGAUGAAGCAGGUGUAGACCAAUCGGCACUUUGCCGUGAUCUUGUGAUAAGUUUGAUAUUAACACUUUCACUUCUCCCUGAUCAAUCUUUAUAUGCUCAAAAUUUUAUUUGUGUAUCUGACGGUAAGCAGUUUUUUUUUCUUUCAUCAUUGAACGAGAGCAUCUAACACACAACUAGCAAACUUUAAGUGAUAAUAAUUAUCAUGAAAAAUAAGCAUUUAUCUAAAAUUGUGCCAUCUACACUAUCUAGAAAUUAUUCAUUCCAAGGCGCACUAUAAUUACUACUCGGACUUUAGCUCGAGCUGCUAUUUCCAGCACUCGGUGCAUCGAAGGGAGUUAUCAUGCCGCGUACCCUUUCACCUCGCCUGGGUUGAGUGCAGCACCCUGUGGUUAAAUGUCUGGUACCUCAAAGCCAGAUUUUGUACCCUCCACUGGACAGGACUUGCACUUCAAAAACUCCGGUGUUGAUUUAAAACCAGCCCGGAAUCUAUAUAUGUCCACACCAGAGAAGUGUUAAACAACACCAGUUUCAUUUUGGUCUAACACCAGAAAGGUGUUUAUACAACACCAAUUAGUUUUAAAACAGCAUCGGUUUGGUUUCAAACUGGUGCUGUUUCAAUACUUCUCUGGUGUGGACAUAUAUAGAUUCCAGGCUGGUGUUAAAUCAACACCGGAGUUUUUGCAGUGUGUGUAGUGACCCAAGGAGGAGAAGAAGACCUAUGAAAUUCAAGUGUUUCAGGCAUUGUAGCUCUCUAUGGAAUGCUCCCCAGUGAGUGGUGAAAGUGCAUACUCCCUGUGCAUGCCAGCCCAAUAAACAGGGAUAAUUAUAUUCUUGUGAAACUUAGCCAUCAUUUUUUGUUUUCAGUGCUGUAAAAUGCAGAAUGUUAUCAAUAUUAUUGAUUACCAACAUAUUUAGUUCAUUUUCAUUUAUUUUCUCAGCAGAAAAAAUUGUACAAUAUGAACAGGAAUGACAAAUAACAUGUAUUAGAGCCCCAAACAAAUAUUCUAAUCAGAGACUAUCAAACAGGGAAUUAUAUUCAUAAGUAUUUUGUAGCUUUCUACUGCAAUUAAUCCCUUCUUGUGUUGCAUCGUGAUGUAACUCUCAAGUGAUAAAGGCCCCAAACAAAUAUUACUUUAUGAAAUCAAAUUUAUUUUAGAUAUUAUGAAGAUAGGAUAUGAAGAAGGAAAAUAUCUAACAGUACUUAUUAUGUAGCUAUAUGUUGCAAUUCAUCCCUUUUUGUGUUGCAAUUUGAAUUGAUAUAUGUAUAAUUUUAUGAAUGUUUUUGUGCAAUACCUAACAUUAGCUUAAAUUAUGUUAUCCUGUUUGAUUUGCAUAAGAUAUCUCAUGAGUAAUUUAGAGGCUUAGAUUGAAAAAUUGUCUCUAAAUUGAGUAUUAAUUGUGUAUGUUGGUAAACUAAAAAGUAUAGUAAAACAAUGGAGAUUGAUUGAAUAUUCCCAUUGUAUUGCCAAAUUAAAUUUUUAUUAAUUCCAAUUAUGUAAGACACUUUCCAAUUUAUUUGCUUGAUAUUACAUCCUGUAGAUAUUCACAUUUUAUCAUGUUUUCCACUGGUGAAAAUUUGCAUCAACAUCAAUUCAAACUUCAAUUUAGUUGAUGGGAUAACCACACAUCAGUUCAGUGUUUUCACUAUAUUUUAAACAGAUUAAACAUAAUACUAGUAUAUCUUUGCUAAACAGUAAUAGUGAUAUACAUGAAAGCUGUUGUAUUGUUUUUUUUAUAGUGUGUCUUAACUUAAUAUUUGUUUCCUUUUACUCCGUAUAAAUCAUCCAAUUCUGAAUUGUUUUUUUGUCUAUUUCCAUUAUCCAUCUGCACUUGUAUCCCUUUGAUGUACAUUAAAUGACAAAAAUUUUCUGUAAAGACAUAUUUUGUUCUUCAAUUUCAGCUGAUAACACUGUCACAGACAUGAUGCAUUCACAGUACUGUGUAUUGUCAAUUAAAAGUACCACUAAUGCCACUUUGGGGAACUGGCCAAAGUUUCUAUUGUGUUCAUAGUGUUAGCAACAGUUUCAUGAAUGAUUCCUAGUUAAAAAAAGAAAAGUACUAUAUGUCAGUACUUGGGAACCAUCUUUCUGCGAAAUGACUCUCUUUUUUUUUUCAAAAUUGUUCAAGUACUCCCACCAUAACUUUUCAACUUGUCCAUGUUGUCAUUUGUGCGAUUGCAUUAAAAUGUCAAUUUGAUAUUUUCAUAUUUAUUAUCACUUCAUCAUUCUACAUGACUUAAAAGAUGCUUUUCACAAUUUUCAGGAUUUUCAGAACUCAUACCGAUCACCUAGCUCUGUAAUUGUCCUUUUUGGGGGGCUAGGAGGGGGGGAGGGGGGGAAGAAGUGUCAUUUCCUCAACAUGACAGCUAAAUUGUCUGCAUGGUAAAUGCUAAUUGAUUUGUAGGUCCAUUACCUAAAUGAAUGCAGUCCUAUUGAGCAACAAAUUUCAGUAAAUUUCUAGAGUAUGAUUAGAAUCUUGUGCUUAAACCUCUGCUGGGUACAUAACAUGCUCAAUGCUUUGAUAUUCAUUCCAAUUGUCAACCACUACAUAUCUUCUGAAGACAGCAAGGACAGUCGAGUUUGGGUGGUCCCUUUCAGGACCAAAAAUGCUUACGAAGUGUGUGCAUGGCGUACAUUGGAUCCUCUACAUUGAUUUGGUGGUCCUUUUCAGGACCAUCAUAUGCCCACGAUAGAAUACAUGGUGUACCGUGAAACCACCACACUCUUCUUCUUUGCCAUGGAAACCUUCAGAUGUUACAUUGAUUUAUUCUUCGCCUUGGAAACCUUCAGAAGUUAACAAAUAUAGUCAACCUGUAAAGCAGGCUCACAUUUACAGUUUUUACUUUCUUUCCUUUAAAUUGUGGUAAAUCUACUGUUUAACUCCUAAGGGUGAGUUUAUCAACAAGGUCUUGGCUUUUUGCUGUUUUUACUUAAGGUUGAGUCAUUUGUACAGUCUAUUUAACAGACCAUAUAUAGGCCUAUCUAUUGACUUUGGCCUUGGAAAGCCUAGACCAGGUCAGUUCCAUCAGCAAUCAUGAAAAUAUUUGUGUAGAUCACUGAGAAAAGUACUGGUAAAAUUUACAGAAGGACAAACUUCAGAAUAUGUUUUCCAUAUGUAGUUAAUUAUGUAAAUUUAAUGUUCUCUUUUUUCUUGAUUUGUUGAAACUUCAUGUAUGUACUUUCAUAUAAUAUUAUCUCUGACCUAUAACUUUUCAUAGUAAUGUAUUGCUUUAUUUGAUUUUAGUCUGGAUUAUGACAGUGCAAAACAAUUACAUUUUCUUAGUCGAAUAGAACUUUUGAAAAAAGGACUUGCAUUCAGGCUGAAAGGUGCUUGAAUUUACAAACAUUUUUUUGUUUAUAUACUAACGAAGAAUUCUCACAAUACAUGAAGUGCAUUCAUGUAAAGGCUCUCAUUUUAUGUUAUUAUGUAUAUAGUAGAACAAGAAUAAAUCUUAUUUAUUUCCAGUGUUCUCAAUCAUAAA